AUGUUUGUUUUGAAAUGGGAUGGGAAGGCCGGAGAAGACGAAACAUCAUUGCUAGUGAGGUCCCGGUGUAUUCUGUUGUCUUGGAGUAUCUGCUGCCCGUUGCCGUUCAUUUGCUGCUCUUCAGAGCAGAUCUGCGUUGCAUCCUACAGUCCAUUGGGACGCUGCUUUUGGUCUUCUUGCUUGGAUCAGAACUCACAUGCAAUAUGUGAUCUUGGGUUGGCAAUCACCAAGCAUUUACUUCGUAAUGAGGCACACUUUACGGAGUUAGUCACAUCAGUUCUGCUACCCCUAGUAUUGUACAAGCCACUCGAGAAGAAAGGUGAUGACUCCGGGGCCAACGAAGAGAAGUCAUGGUUGGCGGAUGACAAAGUCUUGACUUAUUUUGAAUCACUCAAGUUUGAAAACGCAGAAACAGUUCAUACUGACGUUGGCAAAGAUGAGAAGGGUUUAGAAGAUAGUGACAUAGAGGGGGCUGAAUUGCCUUUAGGGAAGAUGAUGAAAUGUCUGAAAUCUCAGAGAACGAAGAAAAAGAAAGUAGAGAGAAAACAUUCAACUGUUGAGGGAAAUAAUGCAAAAAAUGAUGUUGAUAUUUUGGGAACUUCAAGGAAAAUAAAAUUAGAUAAUCAGGAAAGAGCCACGAACUUGCAAUAUGCCAAGUUGAGCAAUGGUCACGAGCACUUUAUAACUGGAGAAACAGCUAAUCAAAAUGGCAAAAAGAAAUCUUCUGAAUCACGUAAAAAGAAAAAAAGAAAAACCAGUGGUGUAUUUUCUACACCAGUUCCAACAUGCAAGAGAUCGCCUUUUGGUAAGGACACUCGUAGGCAGUCUUGUUCGAGGAAUUCUGUUAAGGGCCUCGGCAAAGCUUCAAGAGCAAGUUCAAAUAGCAUUGGAACUUCUGAAAUCUCAGAGAAUGAAGAAAAAGAAAGUAGUGAGAAAACAUUCAACUGUUGA